GAUGUUCGGUUCUCUGCGACACACGGCCUCCCCGCUGUGUGUUGUUGUUGGUCAGCGCUCCGUCAUGGCGAUGCACGCUAAAUCCGCUCCGCCGCAGAUCCCCGACACCCGCCGCGAGCUGGCCGAGCUCGUCAAGAGGAAACAGGAGCUGGCGGAGACGCUGGUAAACCUGGAGAGACAGAUCUAUGCCUUUGAAGGGAGCUACUUGGAGGAUACGCAGAUGUAUGGCAACAUUAUCAGGGGAUGGGACCGCUACCUCACUAACCAGAAGAACUCCAACAGCAAGACAGACAGAAGGAACCGGAAGUUCAAGGAGGCGGAACGCCUCUUCAGCAAAUCCUCUGUAACAUCAGUGGCAGCUGUGUGCGCUCUUGGUGGCAUCCCUGAUCACAUGAAUGAAAAACGUGAGGCAGGCAGUGGCACAGAGAGCGACACAUCUCCAGACCUCCAGAACCAGGAGAACGAGCCGGGUCAGGAGGAGGCAGAGGAUGCAGACGGAGCCCUGCAGGACUUGAAGCCUCAGAAAGCAGCUUCAUCGUCCAGCUCCACCAACACUGGCCACCACAGCAGCCACAAGAAACGCAAGAACAAGAACCGGCACAGCCCCUCCGCCAUGUUUGAUUAUGACUUUGAAUUUGACAUGAAGAUGAACAAAAAGCCCAGAGCAGACUAUUCAGCUUGAUGGUUACCACAGAGAAGAACGGAGUGUUUGACCCGGACUCUAUCUGGACCAACACGCAAACAGAACCACAGUUAUUCCCAUUCCCAUUCGUCAUGACUCCCAUCAGC